AUGGCGACUCUAUCGAACACCUUUGACAUUCCCCUCGCUCUUGCGCCGUCGCUUCCCCCAGCUUGUUUCGUCUGCAACAAUCCCAGCCGACGCCUAGUCACCCGAUCAUCGAAUCGAAACGGCAAUGCAGGUCGGCCAUACCAUAAAUGUACAAACUGUCGAAGGUUCCUGGGUUUUGCAGACGUAAGAGGCAAUAGCCCUGAUAACCCACCAUGUUACUGCAGAGAGUCCAGCAAAGCUCAGGUAACCGGCCAGAACAGUGGGAGUCCUGGUAGAUUGCAUUAUGUAUGCAGGCAGGGUACUUGCGACUACUAUGCUGAGGGAGUAGGUCAAAAUAAUAAACAAAUUAGCUUCUCUAGGGACAUUGUGGAUCGGCUUGCGAGACUCGGUCUUAUUUAG